GACUUCAGUCUCUGUCUAUACGUACCGGGAGGUAUUGCCAUUGCUGGGCCGGCUAGCCAUGCUCUAGGCUCACGACCGUUUCUACUCGCUCGAGAGGAGCACCGCGCACCACCUGGAUUCGUCACUCUUUCUCGCUCUCUCUCUCUCUCUCUCUUUCUCUCUCUGUCUCAGGUACGACCGAAACUGUCACGGUUAGAGGAGGAAGUAUCCUUCUUAAGUUGACAGUAGAGGCCCGCCGAGCGGAGUGAAUCGCUCUAGAAAAUCGAAACAACGUGCUCCGUGCUCAACAAGCUGCUCCUUCUCUCCCUCCCUUUCUCUCUCGAUUCCUCGAAAACGAAAAUCCCUCGGUGUUCUUGGUGUGUUUGGGAGCUUCAGUGGCUUGCUUGCGAGCGGGGAGUGUCGUCGCGUUGGGAUCGUCUCUCAGCUCGUAAAUCGUAACUGCGUUCGUAUCGCCGCGGUAUAACGGAGUCGUAUCCGGCAGUGCAAAAGGAGUGGGGAGGGGAGAGGGGAGGAAAAAAAGCGCGCGGAACUCGGCAGGAAGCUCGAGCUCGUUGGUCGUGGUCGCUUCGCAACUGAAAGUCAGCGAGGAAAUCCAAAGUCCAAGGAACGAGUUGGAAAAAGACGUUCAACGCGCAGAGUUCACGCGCUCUCAGAGGUAUGGUUGACAGCCGACGAAGACGAAGCGAAAGGCAGCUUCGAACUCGUUAACCGGUUUCCGCGGAUCGGCAUGCAGAACGACACUCGGUGAACGACUCACGUACGUACGUACGCGAAGCGAAGCGGAGCGAGGCGAAGCGGAACCCUGGAUGUUCACCGUGCGUGUCCCACGCGUAAAGCGAUCGGACCGGUCUGCUGGAUCAGAGACGGAUGAUCACCUGCCAACAGGGAUAGUAUACCUCGAAGCGGUACAAGCUGGUACUGGAUAAUUUCUCCAAGAUCUCCGCAGCGUGCGCCUCCGAAAACGUAGCGAACGACUGCGAGAACGUGUUUGCGCGACGAAAUUCUUCGAAAUCAGUGAAACGAAAAGGCGAGAAAUCGUCACGGCGAGAGGGGGAGAUUGUUGUUCCAGCAGCCCCGAAACUGAGAGAAGGAAGAAACACGUGUGUGUGUGUGUGUGUGUGUGUGUGUGUGUCGAUCGUCGAAACGUGCCUCGUUCGUGACUCUGCGAGGUAUUUUUACACGGUGCGUGAUUCGGAUUCCAAAGGGGAUACACAAGCCGAUCCGAAAUCCGCAUCCGGUUGGUUGUUACAAGCGAUCGAGUAAAUUUCACGAAAUACAAAGGUAAAUAUCGUAUUUUCAUCCUGUCCAGGUGAAUUCCACGAAAAGCGUGCCUGUUCGUCGACGAGUGAAUGAAGGUUUCACCGCGUAGCGCCGCUGUCGUAUGUACAACCAACCGGUAUGUACGACCGGUAGUAUGCGAAUUAGAAAGUGUGGUAGGUGUGCGGUGUCGUGGGCACAAGUGGGCGCCAGUUAAGUCAACCUCGAGCUACUACCUCCUCGAGGGAAACUCGUGUUUCCGAUCGCCACCGUUUUCUUUCCAUCCGCGGUGCGUGACCUUCGAUUCGGUUGAACAACCGUUGACGAAGUAUGAAACAUCGCGUCCGACCGUGGCUGCUUUCCAACGACGUUCCACCGGCGAGAUUGCUCCGCAAACUCGGUAUGGUAAAUCGAUGGUUCGCCAAGUGGAAUUCACGCGUGUAUUUGCGCGCGACCGCCCGAUCGCGUAGCGCGUACAGUGAACGAGAAGACAGAUCGCGUGGCCGUGGUGUUCGUCGUUUGAUCGAACGAGCUUCGAACAAAGAGGAAAAAUUGGCAAAAUCUGGCGAAAGCCGCCGCAAACCGUGCGCUUCGUGCCGAGCUGGAGGACGAAGAAGUGCAACGGUCGCCGUGGCAUGAGGAGGUUCACACGCAGGCGCAAAACCCUGGCCGCAUUCUCUGCGAUUAUGGGACGCCUUGGCAAAGGCUCGCAGAGCACGACGAGGCCCAUCUUCAGGGUGCAGUAUCGCAAACUCGUGGACGAGUACUCGCAGCAACAGGAACAGCUCAAGUUUAUGCCAGCGUUACCCGACUACAUGUCCUACUGCUGUUGCCGAUGCGGUCACACUCAAAAACUCAAAGCGGAGGAGUUAAACACCAUUGUCGGCAAUGCUUUUCGUAUGGCAUACGUGGCGCAGCUUCAGCGCCAACCGAUCCUUCAAGAUGUGAUCUCACCACAAUCAUCACCCUACAGAAAGGACAAACAGGAGAAUCGAUCUUCGUGGAACAAAUCGCUAACUGGCGACAACUCGAUAGCCGGCGCGGGAGGAGGAGGUGUUUGCAGGAAUUCGUCUUCGAAUUCGUGGCUGAAAAGUCGGACGUCGCCCACGUCCAGAAGUGGAAGCGGCUCGUCUGCGGCGGACAUGAACGUACAGCUAGGCAGCGCCGGCUCGCCCACGCUGCGACUCGCUAGCGUGAAGACACCGAACUCGAUUCCGGGUCUACGGCCGACCCACAACUUCACGAACGUUCUCGGGCCUAUUACGAACGAGGAUGAGCCAAAGAGUAUCUCUCAGCAGAGCACGCCAAGCAGCGAUGAGAGCAACUCACCAACGGAACUGAACUCGUACAAGAGACUAACGGACAAGCCACCUCUGAUAAAGCGGCUGGCGAUGGGUUUGACAGGUGGACGUGACGUUCUUGGACUGAACGGUGAGGAUGACAGCUGCCCCCUCGUCAGUGGUAGCAGCACACCGACCAGCCCAUCAAACAGGCCGCAUUCCGGUGGUUAUAUAAACGAGGCGAUCAUCGACUCGGAGGGCACGAGGCCGGCCUACAACAAGAUACCACCGUCCGAGAGCCUGGAUAACACCAUCAACGCGUCCAUUACCGCGAAGAACUUCAACAUUGAGAACAACAGGAUAGGACACAACUCGCCGAGCUCUGGCACGGAAACAGAAUUCAAAUCGAAGAGAAGAUCUCAGAUUAGCACGUCGAGCAGUUCGGUACCUGCCGAUGGAAGCACACACGGCUCGACGCCAACCCCGCCGCCUCUUCCUGAAAGAACGGACAGUUUGAAUAAUCGCAGCGAAGAAGCGGAACUGCGCAAAGCUCCCUGGUUCCAGGCUGGAAUACCAAGGGAAAUAACGCUAGAAGUGUUGAGCCAAGAGCCGGAAGGAGCCUUCAUGGUGCGAGAGAGCACCAGUAAACCCGGAUGUUAUGCCCUUUCGCUUCGAGUGCCGCGCGAAUUCCAACCAAGCGGAAUAGCCCAUUAUCUCAUAAUGCGUACGAACAAAGGCUACAAAAUCAAGGGUUUCACGAAGGAAUUCACAACUUUGACCGCUCUAAUUACUCACCAUUCGGUGAUGCCGGAAUUACUGCCAUGCCCGUUGUCGUUAAGUCGAUACAACCCUAGCUUUGUGAAAAGCGAUUCCAACAAAGACUUCGCGGACAUCGAUUCGGACCCCGAUUACAAUACUUUAGCCGACUUCCGUAAAAUGAUGGCUGACCUGAACGUCUAGAAUAAAGCCCACCUCGCAAUCAGGACGAUCUGGAAAAAUCGAUACUUUCACCGAAGCUCUUCAAACCGACCCAGCUGAAGCGAAUUCGUUUCGAGAGACUACUCGAACAGAAAGAGAAACUGACAACGCGCUUUGCGAAUAGAGGAUCGCUUAAACGCGAGUGCAGGCACCAAGAAUUCACGAAAUCGUUGAAAUGUGUUUCUCUUUCAUCGUCGUAAAUCGUGUUCAUUAACGAGUAAAACAUUAAUAAAAUUAAUAAAAAGACACGAUCGAUUAACUUGCUGUAACGAUCUGUCGCACGCUCGAGAGUGAAGGAGAGUAUCGUACGCUUGUGAGUGGAUUCUCUGUACGUUCUCGCGGUGAUAUGUAAUCGUAAGUCAUCGAUAGUGAUAGGGAACAUAGCGUAAGUAAUUUAAUGAUCAACGCCAUUCAUGGAAGUAAGAUUCAGCGAAUCAAAAGUCGGAGGACGCACAUCAGGGAAACUGUUCUCCUUAUAUUUUAUAGAUCGAUCCACAGGGUUUCUGUUAAAUUCGUGAAGAACUGUCAGCAUGGAUUUUACUCGAUUAAAUUGUUAACAGUCCACGAGCGUCACUGUAUGUGAUGACACGAGUCUGACACGCCAACACUGCGAUAAAAAAUUUUUUGACAGAUAACUAGUUUGCAGCAUUUUUUCACAAGCUAGUUUGUGUCGAUCGAAUAAAAGUUGUCGCAAAACAUGAGACAUCCAAGUGUAUUUUUCAAUAUUAAUGCGAAUGUCUUUUGAAUGGUUUCUUUGUUUCAAACAAAUGUGCGAGAUCUUAUGAUGUUAAAUUUAGUUUAAAAAUCAAAGAUUAUUUGACAGCGUUGGAUUAUUCAACAGUGAUAAUAAAGUGGAAGCAAGAAAAUGAUAAAAUUAAAGGAAAAAAGGCAACCAAAAAUAUCAAAAGAAUUAAAUCGAAAUAACUUUUAAUCAGUUGAAUAUAAGGCAACGCAAUGAGAUUUUCUAUAAUUUUCAAUCGAUUAAAAGGAAAGACUAAACACUUUGAAGACUUUGCCAUUAAAACUCCACGCGGUUAAAUAGUGUUUUACAAGAUUAAUGUAAAAAUGUGUUUAUAUGUAUAUAAAUUAUAAUUAUUGUUAUACAAUACUACUCAUAUUUAAUUAAAUGACAUUGACGGCAGUUAGGAGGGACUAUGAAACAAUGACAACAGAACUUGAAGAAACUGACGGGGAAAAGUAAUUUUACACUGAUAAUUUAGUUGCUCGACUCACCUAGUCUUGUACAGAAUUUAUGCGCGCAUAGUUAAUAUUU